AUGGACAUGAGCUCCAGCAUCACCAGCGGCACUGCAGCAGCAUCAGCUCCCCACAACCACCAGCAGGAGGCGAUGGUGUCAUCCCCCAUUAUAAAGGACGAAGCUCGGAGCCCAAAGCAGGCACAAGUCACGCAACAAGCAAGUGGCAGUGUUGAGCGUAAGCCGCGACCGCAGCUGUUUGAGGCGCUCAGGUGCCCACGCUGCAACUCCAACAACACCAAAUUUUGCUACUACAACAACUAUAGCAUGACACAACCACGCUACUUCUGCAAGGCCUGCCGCCGCUAUUGGACACAUGGUGGCACCCUCCGCAAUGUCCCCGUUGGUGGUGGGUGUCGCAAGAACAAGCACGCCUCUAGAUCCGUCUCAAGCUCCGGCACCUCAUCGUCCUCAUCGGCUACCUAUGCACCAUUAUCCCCUAGCACCAACACCAGCUCUAGCUCCAACAAGAUGAGUACCAAUGCACAGCUGAUGAUGGUGCCUAACAUGAUGAUGCCCGCCCCAACAACGAUAGGCUUAUUCCCCAAUGUGCUCCCGGCACUUAUGUCGACAAGUGGGGGUGGCGACUUCAACUUUACCAUGGACAACCAGCAUGCCUCCCUGCCCUACACGCCAAUGUCACUAUCCAACCAGGCAUCAGUGCCAGUGCUAGCCGCGAGAGGGAGUGGGACAAUGCCAUCUUUCCUGGAGAUGCUAAGAAGAGGGCUUCUUCCUGGUAGCAGUAGCUACAACGCAUGUCUCGCGAUGAGUGGCGGCAACAACGGAAUGGAGAUGCCAUUUCCUCUGCCAUCAUAUGGUGUAAUGCAUGGGCAUGGGUUGAGUGGCUCAACCAUUGAUGAUGCUAGGCAGCUGGUGGGGACUCAGCAUGGAGUGAACAACGACGGUGGUUUUGCAGGAUCAGCUGGAGUGCAGGAGGAGGAGGAGGGGGAUAACAAGGCCAUGGUGAAGAGCAACAAGAACAACAAUGGUGGGUCAUUGUUGGACCGCUACUGGACCAAGCCCAACAACAACAACAACAACAAAAACAACAACAACAAGGGGCAGCAGGGGUAG